GACGGCAAGUAGUACAAUGUAGUAGGACCCCACACUUCUUUGCCUUGUUUCCGUUUUAUGGUUAAACUAUGGUGGUAGUGUUGUCAUUCAGUCAAUCAUGGGUCGUACAACAACCAUGCAUCCUUGAGAAUGGGUAGAAACAUUUUUUACACACGGAACGAAGUGAUGAUUUAGUCAAAGGGUUUGAGGUGCAGAAGUUAUUUUUAGACCAAAGAGACACUCGUAUUCAUUUUCAAAGAUUAUUGUUACAACAAACGUCAAGUUGGCAGGUAACCCAUCGUGCAAGCUAUUAACUGAGCUGCAAUAUAAGGAAAUGUCAUCAACAGAAACACAAGGAGAAGAGGUUUGUUCUUCUGCACUACAGGAAGACGCAACUUCAUCAGUCUCCCAAGAUAAACAAGAACCGCCGACUUCAGAACCUGAAGCCCAAGGUGUGGAAGCUGAAACUAAUGAAGUUUUAGAACCGACUGCAACAAGCAGCAAGAAAACACCCAAGUGUCGUUUCUUUAAGAAAAGCGGCAAGUGUCGUUUUGGAGAGGGAUGCAAAUUUGCACAUGAGCUUCAAGAAGGUUCACCAAGAGAUGUUUCUAGAGGAGCGAUCUCGUCUGGAGGGAGCGAAGAUGUGGGUCAGCCUGAAACAACCCCCCAGGGAAAGCCUGAUGCCACCUCUCUGGGAAAGCCUGUAUCAUCGGCAGCAGAGGCAGAGAAGAAAGCCUGUCGGUUUUACUUGAAAGGAUCGUGCCGUUCCGGCCAGAGGUGCAAGUUCCUCCACGAAAAGAAAAAAGCCAUCAAUAAGACGGAUGUUUCCUCCAAAAAAGAUGAAACUACCGGAGGUACCCCGAGAGAAGAGCCGUCCGAUCUAAAGUCCGGGGAUGCGAAGACGAAGAAAGAGAAACCCCAAAAGAUCUGCCGCUUCUUCAAGGCUGGUCACUGCAACGCCGGAGAACGGUGUAAAUUCCGUCAUCCAGAGGAUUAUCAUGAUCAAGCUGCCCAAGCCAAGGCGGCGAAGUUGGAAAAAGUGAGGGCCACAGAAAGAAAGCCCAAUGUCCCUCAGACUGCGCUGAUGACCAUGAAGAUCGCAGAUGCUAGCGUUGAGGAUUUACAGAAGUUGAGAGAGACGGAGAUUACGCAGUUGAUGAAAAGAUUCACUGAAGAGUGUUUGACAGUGAUGGAGAAUGAAGGAGAGAGUGUUUACAGAGUUACCGUCAACCCUACAGACCCUGACUGGCCUUUUGAUGUUCGAGACUUUGAGUUAGAGGUGACAUUCCCAGCCUCGUAUCCUGUUGAUCCGUUUACAGUCACUAUGCCUGAAGAUCAAGUACUUCCUAACACAGUUCUAGAGCACAUGGGUGAAAGCAUUAGCGAGUGGGUACUAGCCAGACACGGAACCAAUCAAAUCUCAGGGAAAGUGGAAUUGAUGUUCCGUCCAUUCUUAAGAUGGUUGGACAGAGGUCUUGAGAGGAUGUUCACUGAUGCAGCAAAGAAGUUCAAGAAAGUAGUGGAUGCCAAGGUAGCUGGUUUUGAGUUUGUGGCCUACUCAAAACAGCCGCCACAACAGAGUGAGAACACCAAUGCUCCACGUUACGACGAUUCUGUUCUCGGUCCAGAGGGAGUAACCAUUGCACUUGAAAGAUCUACACUAUCGGACCAGGGUGCAGUAGAUGAUGACCAGUCUACCGAUGCAGUAUUAGGUGUCACACCCUCUGAAGAGAAAACCACAAAGCAUGAUGACAUUUCUAAUGUUCAGCGCAAAGGAACGGAGAUCAAACUGAGCGGACUCCAGCUGUCGGAGAGUUUAUCGACCCUGGUAGCGCAGAAAAUUGGUGUUACCAUUCAGUGCACACGGUGUAAGAGCAGUUGUGACGUCAUCACGCCCCCGAGGCGACUGAACUCGGCUCGCUGCGGGAAAUGCCAUCAUCAGCAACUGGUGACCUUCAGGCCAAGCCUCAUUCAUCACUUCUCAUCGACCUUGGGGUUUCUGGACCUCGAAGGAUGCACGACCUUUGAUCUCUUAUCGACCGAAUGCAUCUUCGCCAUUGGAUGUCUUAAUUGCUCGGAAGAAGCAAAAAUUGAGGGGUUACAGUUUGGACAGAUCAAGGCCCACUGGUGUGAGAAAUGCCAUGCCAAGAUGACGGUUCAAAUGGAAACAGCAAAAUUCCAGCGUCUGCAAGCAUCAGACUGUCUUCCCGCAGACAAAGCACACGUCAUCCCAGUGAAGUCCAUAAGAAAACAAGUCCACCCAGACAUCCAUGAAGGCCAUCCACUUCCGCAGAACGGCACCUGCAAACACUACAAGAAGAGCUUCCGCUGGCUGCGCUUUCCCUGCUGCGGCAAGUGCUACCCUUGUGAUGAGUGUCACGGUGCGUUGGAGACGGACCAUGAGAUGAAGUAUGCUACACGUAUGAUCUGUGGCUUCUGCUGCAAAGAGCAGCAAUUCUCACCGGAUAAACCCUGCAUCUCGUGUAACUCCCUGACCACCAGAGGAAGGACAACUCACUGGGAGGGAGGUUUGGGAUGUCGAAAUAAGACCAAGAUGAGCAAAACAGAUAAACAGAAGUACAGUAACAUCUCCAAGACAGUCUCAAGGAAACAGCAGAACAUACAAAACGACAAGAAAGCCGUGAAAUAAAGGUGUAAACUCAACUCAGGCCCUUUGUCCAGUACGAGCAUUAUUAUUAACUGUUUACUAAAAGAGUAAUUUCAUAGUAUUUUGCCGGUACAGAGUGUUACUUUCCAUCCUGUAGUUUCUGUUAUCAAAAGCAACAAUGUGGGAAAUAUUGAUAGCUGAAUAAUAAUGAUAAUAGACCAAAAUUUGUAUCCAGGUAGGUCCAAAAUUUAAAAAAUCAGA